UGUAAGGAUGUUAUUCAUUGGGACCUAAAAACUACGGAUUGGGCACAAACAGUCCUGUUGUGGGAACGUGUUCGAGUUGGUGUCUUGUCUUUAGAACCGCGGCUAUGUCAUGGGCUUCUCUUUAUCCAUCGAAGACGACGACACACAGAUAAACAAAUAUGAGCAAUCAUCAAACUGUGUUGAGGCAAUUGGAGCCAUGGUGUGAACUUGAAGACAAAGUGGUUCUUGUGACAGGAGCUUCUUCUGGUAUAGGAAGAGAGAUCUGUCUUGAUCUGGCUAAAGCUGGCUGUAAGAUUAUCGCAGCAGCUCGUCGUGUUGAUCGUCUCAACUCUCUCUGCUCUCAAAUUAACAGCUAUAAUUCAACUGGAACCCAAGCUGCAGCUCUUGAGCUUGAUGUUUCAUCAGAUGCACUUACAAUUCAAAAAGCGGUUAAGGAAGCUUGGGAGAUCUUUGGAAAAAUCGAUGUGUUGAUCAACAAUGCCGGAAUCAGAGGCGAGGUCAAGACGAGUUUGGAUGUGUCAGAGGAUGAAUGGGAGAAAGUCUUCAGGACCAACUUAACCGGACCUUGGUUAGUCUCCAAGUACGUGUGCCUUUUGAUGCGUGACGCUAAACGCGGUGGCUCGGUGAUAAACAUCUCAUCGAUCGCAGGGCUUCACCGUGGGCUGUUGCCCGGUGGACUCGCAUAUGCUUGUUCCAAAGGCGGAGUUGACACUAUGUCGAGGAUGAUGGCACUUGAGUUAGGCGUGCACAAGAUCAGAGUAAACUCGAUCGCACCGGGGCUUUUCAAGUCAGAGAUUACAGAAAGUCUCCUGCAGAAAGAGUGGAUGAAGAACGUGACCGAGCGUGUUGUCCCGUUAAAGGUGCAACAAACUGUGGAUCCCGGGCUUACCUCUCUUGUUCGCUAUCUCAUUCAUGACGCUUCUCAAUAUGUGUCCGGGAACACAUACAUUGUCGAUUCCGGAAAUACAUUGCCCGGUGUGCCCAUUUUUUCAUCUCUCUGAACUUAAAACCCAUAUCUUGUGCAAUAAUAAGUGAAUACAUUUACAAAUUCUCUACCGCUUAAGAAACUUUA